AUGGAGGCCAGGGAUGUGCCCAUCUCCGUCCCUGCUCUGGCCACGGAGCCACAGUUUGCCCAGCGCCUCAGGGAGCAUUUGGAAGGGAAGCAGCUCCUGGAUAGGCGCUACCAGCUACAGAAGGUGCAGGGGGGACAUGUGGCCCUGCCUGUUCUGGAGGAGAAGCUCUCCCAGCUAUGGCUGCCCCAAGAGAUGCCCUGUGCCCUGGUCCAGAUCCAGGACCCUGUCCCUUCCAGGGCAGUUCGCCGGCAGACGCCUGCCCAGAAGCUGCGGGAGGACCUGCGGCAGCUGCUGGGUGAGAGCUGGUCAGAGGAGCUGGAGCGUGAUGUGCCCCAUGCCUGGCAGCGGCAUGGGGACCUGGUCCUGCUGAGCGAGGACAGCUUCAGGGCUGCACACUGGGAGAACCUGGGUCCAGCGCUAUGGGAGACAGUUGCCUCGGCUUUGGGUGCCCAGCGGCUGGCCAAGCGAGGACGAGUGUUGCCAGAUGGGAUGCGGUCCCCCAGUGUCACCCUGCUGCUGGGCCAGGACGGCUGGGUGGAGCACGUGGACAAUGGGAUCAGGUACACAUUCGACGUGACCAAGUGCAUGUUCUCAGCGGGCAACAUCACAGAGAAGCUGAGGGUGGCCUCGCUGCCCUGCUCCGGGGAGGUCCUGGUAGAUCUCUACGCAGGCAUCGGUUAUUUCACACUGCCGUACCUGGUUCACGCAGGGGCUGCCUUUGCCCAUGCCUGUGAGUGGAAUGGCCACGCUGUGGAGGCCCUGCGGAGGAACUUGGCUCUGAACGGUGUGCAGGACCGCUGCCAUGUCCACCACGGGGACAGCCGGCAGUUGGAGCUGCAGGACGUAGCAGACCGAGUGAACCUAGGGCUGAUUCCCAGCUCGGAGGAAGGCUGGCCAGUGGCCUGCCGUGUCCUGAAGAGCACGGGUGGGGUUCUCCACAUCCACCACAAUGUGGAGAGUGUCCCUGUGCCAGCCCCAUCACAGACACCAGUCCUGCAGGUUGAGCAGGGGUCUCCAGAGGCAGCCAACACUGACAGAGAGGCACAAGGCUUAACAGAGGACAGCGGGAAGGAGACACUGGGAGCCAGGAUCAGACCUGAGUGGCAGAGAUGGGCUGAAGCCACAGCAGCACGGAUCCAGGAGCUGUUGGUAGAGCUGCAUGGGCAGUUGUGGUGCACUAGCAUUCUGCACAUCGAGCCAGUGAAGUCCUAUGCGCCCCACGUGCAUCACCUGGUGCUGGACCUCGAGUGCCGUCCAGUGCCGUCCACCUAACUGGCCACAGGUCCAAGCAUGGCUCCAGGUAUCAGAGCAUCAGUGGCCAGGAGAUGCUAUUGUUGCCUGCUGCCAG